GUAACUGUUAAGUAACAAGGGACUUCAGUAUCAGUCUAUCUGUUCAUUAAUCUUCUAACAGCAUAUCCCGGUCGUGGUCGAGGGGCUGGGGGCCUGGAGUAAAUCCCAGGGGGCACAUGGUGGAGUGCAGGUAUUUAAUAGAGAUGGGAGGGGCUAUUGUUUUCCAGUCCCGAAUCUUUGUGAUAGAUAGGCUAUAAGACCCUUCGCGGGAUGUGAUCGCACAAAACCCCCUUGUGAUACCACUCCGGCCACCGAAAGACACACUAUAAUGAAGGCACAUUUUUUUUCACUUUUGCUUGCCUCGUUUUUAAAGAGCCGUACCGAUGCAGCCUGGUGUUACAACUCACAGAUGUCCUGCACGAGCAACUGCACAGGCCCAGAGUUCUGGUCCAACAUGAGUAACUCUGAGUGUAAUGGACAGUCUCAGUCUCCCAUCAACAUUGUGACAAGGAAGACCGAACUGGACAAAGACCUUACCCCUAUCCACUUAACAGAGUACCAGGGCUCCUACUUGUGGAACAUAAGAAAUAAUGGGAAAUCUGUGCAGGUAAACAUCCCCCAUGGGCCCUUGAUCAGUGGUGGGAAACUGAAGACAUUUUACAGGGCAGUGCAGUUCCAUUUGCACUGGGGCAAGGAUGGGAGUCCUGGAUCGGAACACACUGUGGACGGCGAGCAGUAUCCCAUGGAGCUUCAUAUUGUCCACAUUAAGAAGCAGUAUACCACCCUGAGUGAAGCUCAGAAGGACCCCACUGGCCUGGCGGUGCUGGGAUUUUUCUAUGAGAUGUCAGUCAACAAUAACAGAAACUAUGACCCGAUAACUAGUGCCCUGAAAAAUAUCAUUGAAGCAGGUGCUAACGCAACGAUACCCAACAUGACGCUGACCUCUAUCAUUCCACCACAAGAGACCCUGACCAAAUACUUCCGCUAUCAGGGUUCCCUGACCACCCCUAAUUGUGCGGAAUCUGUGGUCUGGACUGUUUUUGAGAGCACCAUCCCAAUCAGUAUGAGCCAGCUCAGCGAGUUCUCCAAGCUGAAGUUUCAAGAUGGCAACCCUUUGGCGUACAAUUACAGAUCGGUGCAGCCCCUUAAUUCGCGGAAGGUAUACCGGUCUGGAUGCGAUGUGGUUUUGGCCAGCAUUACCCUCCUGGCGGCCACAGUCUUGGUCUCCAUCACACUCUCACAGUCUGGCUAAAUGGCGCCACCCACUGUUCCAGUGUUGGGCACAGAGAAGGAGACCAAUGGCCUUGUCUCAUGCACAGCGAUUCCAACCCAAAGUACAGAAUGAUUCAAAAGCAUUAUAUCAAUAAAUAAAUCAAUUCAACAUUAUAAGGAAGACACUGUGAACACUGUAAACUGCACUAUGCCAUAUUGUUUCGGUAGCAUUUACUGCAAGGUAUUUGCUGAUUUUAAACCCACCUGACAUUUUAAUCGUUGAUAAAUGGACAGUGGAUUGAUUUCUGCAAGAACUUCUAAUGUCAAUGUUGAAACUUAGCACUCGCCAAGCAUGUGAAGCCACAGGUGAGACUUCUACAGCUAGAAAACGGAACAAACUUCAAUGCAUCUGUACCCCCUUUAAGUGCUGGUCCAGCUGGGACCGAUCACAUGCGUCACAGGGGCUGACACCGCGUGCGCAUAAUGCAUGAUGAACACUACAGUUCGGAUACUUGGCCCGCAUGUAAUUCCCUGACUCUGGUGCGGAAUUGUUACUAGUGCCGUUUCACCCAUGCACUCCAAGGAGACACGCUGCAGUAGAGUGUUAUCCUCUGAUUUGGUUAAGCCCUGGGUGAGUAGCACAGGAAGCCAGCUGCAUUGUGGCAAAUACUACACACACACCCAGCUUGGAAAGGACUGUCCCCAGUGCCAGGCUGGUUGUAUUCAUCUGGUUCCACCCUUCCCAGGACUGCUUAAAGGCACACUUGAGAAUGUCUAGAGUCGCAGCACUCUGUCAAACCACACACAUCCCCCGAAACACUGAACCAUCUCUGGUAAAAGCUUCGGUAGAGACUUUCAAGUAAGUGUCAGUGUGUUGAGUUCGACUAGACUGGAGAACCAUCGACUAUGUGGCUUGUGUUGUGUCAGUGUUGAAUGGAAUGUGAUUCCUAGCCUUGUUCAAAUAUGUUAUUAGCUUUGAUAGAUACCUUGAUACCCACGCAGGAUGGGGUAAUAAUUAAUUCAUCUAGCUGUUGAGAUUCAGAUUCACACAUUCAUUUUAUAAAAAGAGGGUACACGUUUGCUGCCGUGCCUUAUCAAUUAAUGUACCAUGUAUAGUGAGCAUACACAUGUAUACAGUAUAUGUGCUUAUCAAUACCUUAACAUUUAUAGAAUCAUUUCAUGGUUUGAAGUCAACAGAUAUUUCAUGGUGGAAAAUACUGAAGGAAAAUCAAGUGAACGUAAGGGGACAUAUUUGUUCAUCACUUGUAUUCACCAUGAAAUCUUUCUGUCCAAAGUGGCUAUUCAGACUUUGUUGCUUGUAUUUUGUGUGAUCACAUAUAUACGAUACAUUAAGCCAUAUGACAAAUGUAUCAAGAAAACAAAGAUAUGUUUUGACAUCAUCCUCCCUGAGAAAAAAUUAAACACAAGAUGACUGUUGUA